UGUCGUUACGGUGGUUGGUGUGGGUGGCGGCGGCGUGUGCGUGUGUGGCAACUGCUAACAAAAGUAAGAGUUCCAGUGAUGACUUCGAUUACCUGGAUGACGUUAAAGAAUAUUCUGCCCAUCAUUCGGACGACAUCAGCGCAAAAUACUCUGCUCGGCUCAAUAAGAUUGACAUGCUAGACGACUACCCGCACGAUGACGACUUUCAUGACGAUUUUCACGACCGUUAUUACGAAGAUGACGAUGAAGAUGAAGACGAUGAAGACUACGAUGACGAAGAUGAAGGUGACGACGAAGAUGAUGAUUCAGAAGGUGGUGGUUGUGGAGGUGGAGACGACGACGACGAGGAUGACGACGAUGAAGAAGAAGACACAUUAAGCCCAGUACAAGAGACCAGCUUUAAAGAGGUGAGAAAGUGCUACUGUCGAGCAAGGAAAUCUUUGAUUCUUUUUCAGGAGUUUCUAACCUUUCUCUGAUGUGUUUGUUACACUGUUUAUCUUCUGCACUGAGUGAACUUCAUGGCCAAUAACAACCUUCAACACGUAGUUUCUCGCCAAAAUAAAAGCCAUUAUUGACCAUAGAACAAAAGUAUCAAAACACAACUUUGUCAUAAUCGGUUUAUAUCAAAAUAAUUAUUUCUUAAUCACAAGGUAAUUAAUUGUUUAUGGUUGUAUAGUUAUUUUUUGAAGUUACUGCAUUAAUCCUGCUUAUCACCACCAUGGUGAACACACAUCAACAAAGGCCAGUUGACUGGUUGAUUCAGGUCUACUCCCAAUUAUUUUUCAUUCCUGAAGUCUUCCCUGACCCUUUCUGGUUGAUUAAUGGACGGAGGAUCAAGCCUCCACCCUUUUUGCGCUAAAUAACACACGCAGGUUUGGAACAUUACAUAUAUAAAAAAAAUAAAAAAAAAAAUUCCUGCGUUAAUCAAACUUGGCCAAGAUACACGUGCAAGUUUCCCGUUUUAUCCUGUUUAUCUGUUUUGUAUUUGAUCAGUUCGUCGAUCAUGAACGAGUGAUUCCUUAACAUGGUCGGAUUAUCUGUGGCCCAUUACUUUAAUUACAUAUUUUGAUUAUUUUCAUUUUAGUUUCUGAAUCUUGUGUCAUGUUAUUUACGAUGUAAUUAUGAACAUGACUUUUUUUUGGGGUUGAUUAAUUCUUGUAUUUUGAAUUUAAUUACUAUUAGAUAACCGAGUUUCAUCUUCAUAUAACUUGAAGUGACCGUGUUUCAUCUUCACAUAACUUGAAGUGACCGUGUUUCAUCUUCACAUAACUUAAAGUGACCGUUAUUCAUCUUCACAUAGCUUGAAGUGACCGUGUUUCAUCUUCACAUAACUUGAAGUGACCGUGUUUCAUCUUCACAUAACUUGAAGUGACCGUGUUUCAUCUUCACAUAACUUGAAGUGACCGUGUUUCAUCUUCACAUAACUUGAAGUGACCGUGUUUCAUCUUCACAUAACUUGAAGUGACCGUGUUUCGUCUUCACAUAACUUGAAGUGACCGUGUUUCAUCUUCACAUAACUUAAAGUGACCGUGUUUCAUCUUCACAUAACUUAAAGUGACCGUGUUUCAUCUUCACAUAACUUGAAGUGACCGUGUUUCAUCUUCACAUAACUUGAAGUGACCGUGUUUCAUCUUCACAUAACUUGAAGUGACCGUGUUUCAUCUUCACAUAACUU